AUGGAUACGACAGAACACAAGUGGGGUAAACAUAGUAUCUCAAGAAGAGCUGAAACUGAAGGAUUAAGACAUCCUUUGGGAGAAAGAAAACACAAGGGGGUNACAUCUUGUAUCCACCCAGGAGAAAGAGUUAGUCUUGCUUCUCUUCUUUGGCCUAAAAAGUUAUCACAUGAUUCUUGCAGGUAUAUAUUGUCAUCAAAGAUCGAGAAUAAACCUGAAGACUAUAUUUUUGUGUACUACCGUGGGCGAAACGAUGCUUGGGAUGGAUAUGGUGGUGCAGUUGUGUAUACGAGAAGUUCUGUAUUACCCAAUAGCAUUGUACCAGAACUUGAAAAAGCAGCAAAAAGCAUAGGCAGAGAUUUCAGUACAUUCAUUAGAACAGAUAACACAUGUGGUCCUGAACCUCCGCUGGUGGAAAGACUUGAGAAGACAGUGGAAGAAGGGGAAAGAAUAAUCGUAAAGGAGGUUGAAGAGAUAGAAGAGGAAGUAGAGAAGGAAGUGGAGAAAGUUGGUAAGACUGAGAUGACCUUGUUCCAGAGAUUGGCUGAAGGGUUUAAUGAAUUAAAGCAAGACGAGGAGAAUUUUGUGAGAGAGUUAAGUAAAGAAGAGAUGGAGUUUUUGGAUGAGAUCAAAAUGGAAGCAAAUGAGGUUGAAAAAUUGUUUGGGAAAGCUUUGCCAAUCAGAAAGGUCAGGUAGAGAAGAACCAUCAUUGUAGUUCAAAGCUGUAUUUUAUACAUACUGUGUUCGGUUUAUAUAAAGUAAACAUUCUUCUUGUAAACAUUCAUCAUUCCAUAACAAAAUGGAUACGACAGAACACAA